AUGGAUGAUGAUGCUCCAAAGCGGAUUAGUAAGAGGAAUGGUUCAAACAUCAAGAACUACUAUCAUUAUCGCGUUGAAAUAUUUUGUCAGGUCGUCAACUUACUUACACAAGAGAUGGAAAAUCGUUUCUCUGAGGCAUCCACAGACUUGCUAAGUUAUGCACGAUUGAAUGGUAUUGAAGAUUUGGCUAGCCUAUCUCAGAAGAUUGUUGAAACCAAGAAAGAUAAAGUUUUUCCGUUGGUUUAUCGUCUGAUUGAGUUGAUAUUGAUCUUACCUGUAGCGACUGCAUCUGUUGAAAGAGUAUUUUCAGCAAUGAAAUUUGUCAAGACUGACUUGCGGAAUAGGAUGGGAGGUGAGUGGUUGAAUGAGAGUUUGGUAGUAUACAAUGAAAGAUCCAUCUUUGCAAGUGUUUCUAAUGAAAGAAUCUUGAAACGUUUUCAAGAUAUGGAUACCCGUAGAAAUCAGUUGUCUCAGUUAACAGAUGCUAGAGCUACUUGA